AUGUCAUGGCCUCUGUUCAUUGGCAUCUCCGCAGUGGUCUUUUACGUACUCGGUGGUAGCCUCUACGGCGUAUUCUGUGGACACGGGAACAAUGAUUACUACUGUACGUUCGAAGUCUGUGUCCCUGGAAUCGUAUUCCUCUGCCUUGGCGGAGUCUGCACCAUCGCCUGGGUCAUUCUGUUUGCUUCAUAUCUCAAGGGCUUGCGCAAGAACCCAGCUGGAUCGAUCAACCCGUCAAAGUCAUCCAGCAAAUGGCGUCCCCUCGGUUCGGGAAUCGCAGCAUUGGCCGCGUUCGUCAUCGGCGGCGCUCUGAUGGGUAUCUUGCAAAACACCUACCAUGAUGGCGUGUUCAUUGCUGGCUGCGCGUUCUUGGGCCUUGGGGUCCUCCUGGUCGUCAUCUUCAUUGUGUUGGCAAUCGUAUAUGCGAAUCCACCCAACCGCAACCCAGCAACACAAGGGACUUCGGGCCUUCAUGCCUCAAGCCGAAUCAAAUACUGGGCUCUAGGGUUUGGAAUUCUGUCCCUCAUUCUUUACGGGGUCGGGGCCGGCCUUCUAGGCUACUUCUAUAGUACAGUCUCCGGCGAAGUCGACAAUUUGGAUUACUAUUCGAACGGAGGAGAAUAUAGUCGACAGGUCGGCGGAUUCGUCUGCGUUGGGCUUGGAAGCAUUUUCACAUUCAUGUGGUUGGUGCUUCUCGCUAUUUCCUCAUCCCGGAAACGAUGUAUACAGCCGGUUUACAUCGUUGCUCAGAGUUCGAUGGGCCACCCGAGGCCAGUACUAUCAGGGGAAGAAGUGGAAAACCGACACACCCAACAAGAUCAAGAGCUAGGGAGGUACUGCGGCAUGUGUGGCAAGUUUGUGCAAACACCCUUCUGCCGUCGAUGUGGAACGCCCCAAAAUACUUUCUCGUCGGAUGGUCGUACCCCACCAUGA